AUGAAAAAACUUUUAGAAAAUUUAUUCGAGACUGUUGAAUUUGAUGAGGAAACUGAAUCUUAUUUAAAAGAAAGAAUAAUUGAUGAAAAAAAAAAAAUAUUAGAAAAUGGUGUAGAUUAUUUUUAUGAUUUAAUUUCUUCAUUUUCUGAUAAAAAAAUAAAAAAAAGCAAAAUAACAGAAAUUUUUAAUAAACACAUAAAAAACUGCAAUUUAGUAACUGAUGAAAACAAAAAUAUUAAUAAUGAAAAACUAUCAAAAUCCUUAAACCUAAAAGAAUAUUGGAAAAAUAAUAAUGUCAUUGGAUAUAAUGAUCCCUUUUUAGGAAUACAUGAAAAACAAAUUAACUAUAAUACAAAUAUCCCCCUAAGUGAAAGUAUAAAAAUAAAUAAAGAAAAACAAAAACAAAAGCAAAAACAAUUAAAUUUAUUUAAUGAAUGGAUAAAAAACAAAAUUAAAAUUCCAUCACCCGUAAGAGUACAUAAUUUGUUGCAUUGUGACGAUUUUAAUAAAAACAAAACAAAAAUUGAAAAAAUGUAUGAUAUUAAAAUUGAUAACUUUAAUUUAAGCAUUGGUCAGAGAAACUUACUAAAUGAUACUACUUUAAAAAUAAAUGUUAUGAACAAAUACGGACUUAUAGGAAAGAAUGGUAUUGGUAAAAGUACAUUACUAGCAAAAUUAGCUAGGCAUGAAAUUGAAGAAAUAAAAAAGGAUAUUAGCAUAGCCUGUAUUGAGCAAGAUUUAUUUCUUGAAGAUGUUACUGUCCUGGAAUCUGUAUUAAUGGUUGAUAAACUAAGACAUGAUUUAUUAAAAGAAUUAGAAUAUCUUGAAUCAAUAAAAAGUAAAAGAAAUGAUAAUGUGGAAAAUUUAUGUGAUGAAAUUAAAGGAGAAAAAAAGAAAAAUGAAAUAAGAAAAAUGAAUAAUACGAAAGAGAGUGAUACUGAAAAUGUAGAUGAAAAAAUAUUAGAUAUUUAUGAAAAAUUAAAUAGUAUUUCUUAUUUGGAAACAGAAAAAGAAGCAAGCAAAAUUUUAUGUGGAUUAGGUUUUGACUCUAAUUUGCAGAAAAAAAAAGUUAAUUCUUUAAGUGGAGGUAUGAGAAUGAGACUCUGUUUAAGUCGUAUUUUGUUUAGUAAUAAUGAUAUAAUACUAUUGGAUGAGCCGACUAACCAUUUAGAUAUAUACACAAUACAGUUUCUAAUAGACUAUAUAAAAAAAUUAAAUAAAACAUGUAUUAUUGUUUCACAUGACAGAGACUUUUUAAACGAAGUUUGUACAGAUAUUAUUCAUUUUCAUAAUAAAAAAUUAACGUAUUACUCAGGAAAUUAUGACCAAUUUGAAAAAACUAGAAUAGAACAUUUAUUACAACAACAAAGAGAAUUUGAUUCAAUUGAAAUGAAGAAAAAACAUGUUCAAAAAUUUAUAGAUAGGUUCAGAUGUAAUUCAAAAAGAGCAUCACUUGUUCAGAGUAGAAUAAAACUUUUAAACAAAUUACCUAUAAUAAAUUUGGAAAAAGAAGAAACUCCAUUUAGCUUCUCAUUUUUAGAACCAUUUUAUAUAUCCAAUGUACUUAUUAGGUUAAAAAACGUCUCAUUUAAAAAUUCAAUGUUUAAAAAUAUUCAAAUAAAAAAAAACGAAAGCAUUAUAAUAGGUGAUAAUUUUAAUGAAACUAAUAUAAAAAUGAAUGCAGAGUCACCUAAUCUUACCACUACUGAAGAAAUUUCAACUAUCAAUAACAAUGAUUACCAAUUUAAACAUGAGUUUUUAUUUAAAAAUGCAUCAUUUGAAGUGGAUAUGGACUCUAGAAUUGCAAUAUGUGGUGUUAAUGGAAGUGGUAAAACAACAUUAAUAAAAAUUAUUUUGAAUUUAAUAGAUGUUUUUGAAGGAGAAUUACAUGUUAGCAAUAAAGCAAAUAUAGGAUACUAUUCACAAUACCACGUUGAUAGCUUAAAUCCAAUUUUUAAUUCAAUACAACAAUUACAAUACAAUUAUUCAAGCAAAAAUAUAAAGGAAGAGGAGGCCAUAAAAUAUUUUAAUAAAUUUAAUAUACCUACAAAUAUUUUAUAUGAGCCCAUAUAUGUUUUAUCAGGAGGUCAAAAAAGUAAGUUAGCAUUAGCAAUUUUAGCUUAUAAAAACCCCAAUAUAUUAAUUUUGGAUGAACCUUCAAAUCAUCUUGAUAUUGAAUCAGUUCAAGCUUUAAUUGUAGCUUUAAACUUAUAUAAAGGAGGAAUUAUUAUUAUUAGCCACGAUACCUAUUUAAUAAAACAUGUAGCCGAUGAAAUAUAUCAUAUAAAUAAUUGUACGAAAGAAUUGGUUAAAAUUAACUAUGAUUUUGAUAAAUAUACAAAAUUAAUACUUGAAAAUAAGAUAUAG